UUUUUCUUUUUUUUUUGAACAAUCCUUUGUUUUGUUUGUUUGGGAAGACCAUCUCCGCUGUUCGCUCUAUUGCUCUGCAUCAGAUUGAGAUUUUUAUUUUUUUUGAGCUGCAUCAGAUUGAGAAUUGGAUAUGCUGGGUUUAGCCGCCGUUCGGUUCGCCACCCCCCCUCGCGCUGCUGCCGGAAACAUCUCGCUCGUGGAUGGCAGCCUCCACGCCGUGCUGCGCGCGGGGGCGGACGACGCAGAUUCAGCGGCGGCGGGGAUCUCGCGCAAGUGGCGGAUGGUGAUCGCUUACGAUGGUACCAAGUUCAAAGGUUGGCAGUAUCAACCAUCACCUCCAACUAUACAGUGCUUUUUAGAGAAAGCACUGAUGCGCAUCACGAAGCUGGACCGGAAGGAACUUUGCUUGGUUGGUGCAGGAAGGACAGAUACAGGUGUUCAUGCACGGGGUCAGGUGGCACAUUUCACCACGCCGUUUGCCUACCAUUGUCUCGACAGUUUUCAUUCAGCAAUCAAUGGGCUUCUACCUCCUGAUAUUCGAGUUAGAGAAAUUAGCGCAGCUUGUGGAGAAUUCCAUGCUCGGACAUCCACAAAGAGCAAAAUAUAUCAUUACAAGAUCUAUAAUGAAGCAGUUAUGGACCCCUUCCAUACUAACUAUGCUUACCAUAGUGCACAUAAACUUAAUCCACAUGCUAUGCAGGAGGCUGCAAAUCAUUUUGUUGGAGUACAUGACUUCACAUCUUUCGCCAAUGCAGUACAUAAUGAUCGUGUCCGCAGUCCGAUAAAGAAGAUAUCACGCUUUGAUGUUACUAAAAUGGAUGCUAUCAUACAACUUGAGGUUGAAGGCACCGGCUUUUUGUACAGACAAGUAGCUUUGCUAAUUCAAGUUGGAAGGGAGGGACUGCCUCCUGAAAUCGUCCCAAAAAUCAUUGCGGCAAAGGACCGGAAAGAACUUGCGAAGGUGGCCUUGUCAGCACCACCACAUGGAUUAUAUCUCAUGUCAGUUAACUAUGACAAAGAAAUCUUGAAGCCUCCUGUGGGUUCCCCUCCGGUGAGCUUUGGAAGGACUCAUCAGAUUAGUAGAUGCAAACUUCUCUUUUAUUGAUUUUUCCUGAGGAGCUGUAAGUAGAGGUAUGUUGUAUUUUGCAGUUUCUUUGUUCUACUAGAAUUUUGGUGGUGCCAACCUGGUAGUUCUAAUUUUUGACAUGAAUGGACUUCGUUGCAAAGCCUUGAUACUUUGGUAGGUCCACCUGAAUGGCUGAAUCAUCUAUUUUGUCAAUUUAUUCAUGUUGACAUAUCCCGCAGAAAUUAGCUAUUCCUUACUUGUACCA